AUUAAACCGCGAGAUGUCUUUUAAAUUUUCUAAGUUUUCUUUUAGUUUUAAUGAUCAAUUGACUUAUAUUGUUUAGUUUGUCGAGGAUAUAUGCUAAUCAUAAAGGAUAAUGGCGUAUUUAAGUGGGUUGUGUGAUUUUGACAUUUACACGUAAAAUGUGUCGUUACCGCAAAAUAUUUAAACAGCGAAGCCAAUGCAAGACGCAUCGCGAUGGUGGAAAACUGCUUCGGCAGUUCGGGCCAGCCACUGGCAGUACCUGGAAGAGUUCUUGUAGGAGAAGGUGUAUUGACAAAAAUGUGCAGAAAGAAAGCCAAGCCUAGACAGUUCUUUUUAUUUAAUGAUAUAUUAGUAUACGGGAACAUAGUAAUUAAUAAGAAAAAGUACAACAAACAGCAUAUUAUACCUUUGGAGGAAGUGAAACUUGAAUCUUUAGCUGAUGAUGGUCAAUAUCGCAAUGGCUGGCUCAUUAAAACAGUAACAAAGUCGUUUGCUGUUUAUGCUGCUACUGCAACAGAAAAGCAAGAAUGGAUGGCACAUAUUACAAAAUGUAUUGAGGAUUUAUUAAGAAAGAGCGGUAAAAAACCAGUAGAAGUUCAUGCAGCAGUGUGGGUACCGGAUAAUGAUGCACCAAUCUGUAUGCAUUGUAAAAACACACAAUUCACGGUUUUAAAUAGACGGCAUCAUUGUAGACAAUGUGGAGCAGUAGUAUGUGGUCCUUGUAGCAAUAAGAAGUUGUUAUUACCUGGACAAGGAAAUGGAAAGGCCGUCCGCGUAUGUUUGCAGUGUUAUGAUGCAGCUAGUAAAGUUAAAGCAUCAACUCCAGUUAAUAUUGACAGUAUAAACAAUAAAGAUCAACAACGUAAUUCCGCAGACAGUUCAGGAGGUGAUAGUUCUGGCGACGAAGACGAGGGAAAUAAAGAUGAAAGUCACGAUGAACCUAAAUUUUAUUCAACGCUCGCUCGAUGAAGAUGGCUCAAUGAAAAAACAAAUGGUUACA